AUGAUUUUGGCAUUAUUACUGAUGCUUGCAUCUUUUGCUAGUACAAGACCAUCCUUCAAAAACCUUGAUGAUAUUUUCGAUGGAAAUUUAAAAGGAAGCCUCUCCCAGUCUUCGGAGUCUGACACCUCCAAUCCGUUAGGUGGUGACCUAAGCCCCGAUGAUCCAGAAGAGCAAAGGAAAUGGGCCAAGUCAAUAGUCAAAAGUCAAACAGGAGGAGACAUAGAUAUUCAAGAGAAAACAGACGAAAUAAGCGAUGAGGAAUCAAAUCCUAAAAAUAAGACUUAUAUGCCAGAAAACACAAAGAAAGAAGAGGAAAAGAAAUCACACCCAAACACAAAAAAAAAGGACGGUAAUGGCAAAAGAAAAGAAGCGACAGGCCAAGGCAAUGGCGGUUCAAAUAAAAAAGACCAGGGUUAUCAAAAUCGUAUAAGAAAAUGCUGCACAAGGUUCAAAGUGCAUUGCAGUCGUUAUUGUCGGACAUAUCAAAUACCUUAG